AUGACCACAACUGCUGUCUCAAAUAUUGAAGUUUAUGAGGGGCCUCAAGAAAAAAAGGGGCCAGCAAUGAAGAACAGGGCUGUGUGGGACCUAACGAGAGUGGGCAAGGACCUCCAGGACAUCCAGCACUUAACCCAACGGUGCCAGCUGAAAGUCCGGUCUUCUAAGCGUCUGUUCAUCUUCAUCUCUCUGCUCAUGCAUGCUCAUUACGGCUCCACCAUGUUGAACUGCUCUAACCCUGAUACACCUUCAAUGCUGGAGGCACUUAAGCCAGUCUUCAACCUGAAAGCUAUUCGACCUGUGGUGAACAUAACAACAGUCACGAACAUCGGCCUUUUCUUAACUGUGUUUGGCAUUAUGGGAGUGGAUGAGAAAGACCAGCUCCUCACAACAUUUCUCUGGCAAGAUGUUGAAUGGGAAAAUGAAUUUACCAAAUGGGACCCAGAAGAGUGUGGAACUAGUCGGAUUUCUGUUCCAAGGACAAAUAUCUGGGUACCAGACAUUAUAAUCAAUGAAAUCAUGGAUGAAAACACAGCUCCAAAGGUGCCAUAUACCUACCUGCUUUCUGAUGGUACUGUGAGGGAUUCACAGCCGAUCAAAGCUGUCACCUCGUGCAGGCUUGACAUCUACUUGUUUCCAUUUGACAUUCAAAACUGCACUUUAACCUUCAACUCAUUUACACUCAAGAGUAAGGCUGUGCAGCUUUACCUGACAGGGACUCCAGAGAGUAUGUUUGAAUACUCUAAAUCAAUGAUGGCAACUAUGGGUGAAUGGGAAUUAAUUGGAAUUGCAGCAAAGAAAUACACAAUACCAUCUACAGCAUCAGACUUUUAUGAUAUAAUUCACUUCUAUAUCUCAUUGCGGCGCCAGCCAAUGAUAUACGUAGUGAACCUCCUGCUCCCCAGCUGCUUCCUCAUCACUGUGGACCUCUUCAGCUUCAUCUUACCUCCCAAUGAUGCUGACCGGUCUUUGUUCAAGAUGACACUAAUCCUGGGCUACACCGUCUUCCUGCUCAUAAUGAAUGACCUGCUACCCAUCACUGAAAAUGACUUACCCCUCAUAAAUGUUUUCCUGUCUUUGUGCCUGGCUAUGAUGGUGGCCAGUCUACUGGAAACUAUCGUCAUCACAAAAUUCCUGCACAGUUCCUCUCACUAUUCUCGAGCUCCUCGUUGGAUCAGAGUGCUUGUUCUUAAAAUCCUGGGUCGACUAGUAUGCCUUCCUCAAAAGCCCAGAGAUCAAAACGACACAGUGAUCCAAAAUCCAGUCACACAAGUGACAGAGGAAUCCAAGACUCUGGAGCAGAAGGGGCCACUGAGUGAGGACAAAGCCCUGCAAGAGCUGUGGAGCCUGGGCAGAGUCCUCCAGGCCAUCCGCCUUCAGGUGGAGCAGCAUCUGAGCAAAAGCCUGAGCACAGAGGAAUGGAUCCAGAUAGGUUUAAUCAUAGACCGCCUGCUGUUCAUCCUUUACAUCAUCUUCAUAACAGUCAGCUUCAUUACCAUCAUCAUUAUCUGGGUGGUUUCAUACAAUGCAGCCUAA